UUUAAAACUGUGCCCUAAAGCCCUGCGGGUGCCCUUCAUGUAUAUAUCGUUAUGUUUUGACAGAAUGAAAUGAAGAAAAGCCGUCAAACUCAUAAUUAUAAGUUGGAUAUUUAUUUUUUGUGUACGGAACUAAUAUAAAAUAACAUAAUCUGGUCCGGGUCCUGGGCGGUACGGCCUGCCCGCCACAAUGGGCUUCAAGCAGCAUGACGUCACUAAGAAGAAGGAGCCCGCAUACUCGUUUGGCAGGAGGAUCAUGCUCAAGUCCACAGUUGACAGUCCAGGGCCGGCGUACGCUGUUAACCCCUGCUACACUCGGUACGGCCGGGACGGAACACCUUGCUACUCACUCCUCGCAAGACAGAAGCCCAAGCAAUCCUUCCAGACACCAUGUCCGGGUCGCUACAAUCCUGAACAUGUGCAUCCCCAGAGGGAGCGUGUGGCUCCAAAAUAUUCACUAGGUUUCCGAACGCGUUUCCCGAAAUGCGACCAGAACCCGGCACCAAGUAACUAUAUACUUCCACCAGUGCUUGGACCUUCACAGGCGUACAAAACAUCGACCGCCUCGUACUCCAUGACAGGUCGUUCGCGUGUAGGCUGUUAUCUUGAAGACCUAUCGAAUGCCCCUGGACCAGGCCACACCAAAAAUAUUCAUCCUGACGUGUACAUGAACAAGGCUCCCCACUACUCGCUGCGUUCCAGAAACUACAUGCCCGUGGAUAACGUGCAGAAGCCUGGCCCAGGAGCCCACUGCCCGGAGACCGUAAAAAUAAACCGUUCACUCGCGCCCAAGUACUCACUGGGCGUCCGCCAUUCAGAAUUCGUCUGUCCAUUUAUUGCAGACAUAGCAGAAUAG